GCGGGGGGACGCGGACGUCGCUCUUCCAAGAUGGCGGCGCGUCCGUCGCGAGCCGCCGGGCCGGGGGGAAGCCAGCGGAGCCGAGUCAAGCCGCCGCCCGGGACAGGACUGAAGCAGCAGUUGCCACCGUUGGCGGCGGCCCGGGCAGUUUCCGCUGCUGCGGCGGCUGUUGCCAUGCGGCAAGGCUAGGGAGGACCUCACUCCCCCGGGGUGUAAUGAUGUUAACGGAGGCCAGUCUAUCCAUAUGGGGAUGGGGAAGCCUUGGUGUCGUCCUUUUCCUAGUAACCUUUGGACCCUUUGUAAUAUUUUAUUUGGCAUUUUAUAUCCUCUGUUUUGUGGGAGGGGGUUUAGUGGUUACUCUCCUGUAUGGGAAAACAAACUCAGAAAAAUACCUAGAGCAGUGUGAACACUCCUUUCUUCCUCCAACAUCAUCUGGGGUCCCUAAGUGCUUAGAAGAAAUGAAACGAGAAGCCAGGACUAUUAAGAUCGACAGACGACUGACGGGUGCCCAUAUAAUUGAUGAGCCUCUCCAGCAAGUUAUACAGUUUUCAUUGAGGGAUUAUGUCCAGUACUGGUAUUACACACUAAGCGAUGAUGAGUCCUUCCUUCUUGAAAUUAGGCAAACUCUUCAAAAUGCACUCAUUCAGUUUGCUACUAGGUCAAAAGAAAUAGACUGGCAGCCUUAUUUUACUACACGCAUUGUAGAUGACUUUGGCACUCACCUACGAGUAUUCAGAAAGGCUCAACAGAGGGCAACAGAAAAAGAUGAUCAAGUAAAAGGUACAGCAGAGGAUCUGGUAGAAACCUUUUUUGAAGUUGAAGUUGAAAUGGAGAAGGAUGUUUGCCGGGAUCUUGUGUGCACUUCUCCGAAAGAUGAAGAAGGAUUCCUAAGGGAUUUGUGUGAGGUUUUAUUAUAUUUAUUGCUACCUCCUGGAGAUUUCCAGAACAAGAUCAUGCGAUACUUUGUCAGGGAAAUCCUUGCACGAGGAAUUCUUCUUCCAUUAAUAAAUCAACUCAGUGAUCCUGAUUAUAUUAAUCAAUAUGUCAUAUGGAUGAUCCGUGAUUCAAAUUGUAACUACGAGGCCUUUAUGAACAUCAUUAAAUUGAGUGACAAUGUCGGCGAGUUGGAAGCAGUCCGAGAUAAGGCGGCCGAAGAGCUCCAGUACCUUAGGUCCUUAGACACAGCUGGUGACGAUAUUAACACUAUUAAAAAUCAAAUAAAUAGCUUAUUAUUUGUAAAGAAAGUAUGUGACUCAAGAAUACAGCGGUUACAGUCAGGCAAAGAAAUAAAUACUGUGAAGCUAGCAGCAAACUUUGGGAAACUUUGUACAGUCCCCUUGGACAGCAUUCUUGUAGACAAUGUUGCACUACAAUUUUUUAUGGAUUAUAUGCAGCAAACUGGAGGUCAAGCUCACCUCUUCUUUUGGAUGACAGUGGAAGGGUACCGGGUUACAGCCCAGCAGCAGCUGGAGGUUCUGUCAAGCCGUCAGAGAGAUGGAAAACAUCAGACCAACCAAACCAAAGGCCUGCUAAGAGCAGCCGCUGUUGGAAUCUACGAACAGUAUUUGUCUGAGAAGGCAUCUCCAAGAGUUAUUGUUGAUGAUUAUUUAGUAGCAAAAUUAGCAGAUACUUUGAAUCAUGAAGAUCCAACUCCAGAAAUCUUUGAUGACAUUCAAAGAAAGGUAUAUGAAUUGAUGCUACGGGAUGAAAGGUUUUAUCCUUCCUUCAGGCAGAAUGCACUGUAUGUACGGAUGUUAGCCGAGCUUGACAUGUUAAAAGAUCCUAGUUUCAGAGGAUCAGAUGAUGGGGAUGGAGAAUCUUUUAAUGGGUCUCCUACAGGAAGCAUAAAUUUGUCUUUAGAUGACCUUUCCAAUGUGUCCUCUGAUGAUUCUGCACAACUUCAUGCCUACAUUUCUGACACUGUAUAUGCUGACUAUGACCCAUAUGCUGUGGCAGGCGUUUGUAAUGAUCAUGGCAAGACAUAUGCGCUAUAUGCCAUCACUGUCCACCGGCGCAGUCUAAACACCGAGGAGAUGUGGAAAACCUAUCGGCGGUACAGUGACUUCCAUGACUUCCACAUGAGAAUCACUGAGCAGUUUGAAAAUCUGUCCAGCAUAUUGAAGCUCCCUGGUAAAAAGACUUUUAACAACAUGGACAGAGACUUUUUAGAGAAGAGGAAAAAGGAUUUAAAUGCCUAUUUGCAGUUACUCUUAGCUCCUGAGAUGAUGAAGGCAUCCCCAGCUUUGGCUCACUGUGUGUUUGAUUUCCUUGAGAACAAAGCCUACAGUAAAGGGAAAGGUGACUUUGCUCGCAAGAUGGACACUUUUGUAAAUCCACUUCGCAACUCUAUGAGGAAUGUUUCAAAUGCAGUAAAAUCCCUUCCUGAUAGCUUGGCUGAGGGAGUGACAAAAAUGUCAGACAACGUAGGCAGAAUGUCAGAGAGGUUAGGUCAAGACAUAAAGCAGUCAUUCUUUAAGGUGCCUCCUUUAAUUACGAAGACUGAUUCAGAUCCUGAACAUUGUCGAGUCUCAGCUCAACUUGAUGAUAAUGUGGAUGAUAAUAUUCCACUUAGGGUAAUGCUUCUUCUGAUGGAUGAGGUGUUUGAUUUAAAAGAGAGAAACCAGUGGCUGCGAAGGAAUAUCAAGAACCUACUCCAGCAGCUUAUUCGAGCCACAUAUGGUGACACUAUUAACAGAAAAAUAGUUGACCAUGUUGACUGGAUGACCUCACCCGAACAAGUAGCUGACUCGGUGAAGCGUUUCAGAGAUGCAUUUUGGCCCAAUGGCAUUUUAGCAGAGACUGUUCCAUGCAGAGAUAAAGCUAUCCGAAUGAGAACAAGAAUUGCAGGAAAAACAAAAUUAUUUGCAGUUAUGCCAGAUGAACUGAAGCACAUUAUUGGAGCUGAAACAACACGGAAAGGUAUUCUUCGUGUUUUUGAAAUGUUUCAGCACAACCAGUUAAAUAGGAGAAUGGUGUAUGUCUUCUUAGAAGGCUUUUUAGAAACCUUAUUUCCACAGUAUAAAUUCCGUGAACUUUUCAACAAACUUCAUUCAAGGUCAAAGCAGAUGCAGAAAUAUAAACAGAAACUUCAAAGUACUCAAGCGCCUUCUUUACAGAAAAGGUGACACUCCAGCCUAUAAAGCUGGUGUUCUUCUUGUCCAGGACUGACGGUGUGGACAGCUCUUCGGGGUGUAACUCACAUACUGUUGCGUCUACAACAGUCUUUCAGUGUCUCAAAACAGAUCACUAGUACAUCCAUAAGACUGGGUCUUCUCAUUCUCAUCUGUAACCCAGCCAAUACCAAGAGAGAUUCCUGUGUCUUAAAUGAUUUGGUGCAUAAUUUGCAGCAUUGAGAGGAUACUGCCCCCAUCUCAUUCAAGAAUGGAGUUGCUCUCUUCUGUUCCAAACGAAUCAGCAUUCUCUACCAGUGACGAAGUGCCAGAGUAUAUGUGGGAAUGCGAAGGGAAGCACAGAGCAAUGGGUCAGAGGUCACUAGUUUGGUUAAUAGUUGGAGACUGCAGUACGUGAUUGGGAGAGGUCUGUUUCCCUUGGUGAUCUUGUGGGUCGUUGUCAGCAUUUUGAUAUCAUGUGGGUCAGCAGGUGAAUGAUCUUUAGAACAGAUGUUUCAAGGUCUGGGAAAAGUGACAGAAUGCCCUCAGUGUAGGAAAUAACCCUUUCCCAAAAUUACAGUUUUGUUGUGUAAAGUAAAGCACUAUAAAAUAGAACCAAUCAAAACUAGAAUUUGAUUGGAUUUAUUAUUCAUUGGUAUAAAUUUUCAUUGAUUUUUAUGUGCUUUAAGGGCUCAGCUUGCUCUUAAGGUAUUCAACUCUCUACUUUUCCUUUGGCAUUCUGUGCAGAAGAAGCAUGUGGUAGCUCUAAGUUCAAAUUUUUUAAAUCUUUUAACAGAUUACUGAUUAUAUAGAAGGGGAAUUAUUUAUUGUAAGAACUGCCAAAUACAUUCUGUCCUAAAAAUUGGAAAUUUAAACAGUACUCUAUUAAAAGUUACCAUAUGAUAACUUUAAUCAUAUGAUCUAGACAUGCCUUAGGUAACUACCGACAUAGCAAAUCAAAGGAUUAAUGAGCUUAUAGUCCUAUGUAAACAUACAAAUGCCUAAUUCUACUAUGUGUACAUAUAUGAAAAUAAAUAAUGAAAACAGAACUGUACUAUUUUUUAAAAUAUGCUUUUAUUUAUAUUUCGCAUAAUGUAAAAUUCUAAAUAAAGCUAGUACACAAAACCCUUUGGUGUAUACAUUUAACUCCCUAAUAUAAUUUUAUAUAUCAGUGAAACAAAAUACCUUUUCUAGUUUUGAAGCCUUUACAUUUCCUAGUAUUCCCCCAUUUUGUCCAUUAAGAAGUCUUCAUAUCCCAUGUAUGCAGGAUUUCUGUACUUUUAAAUACUUCCAAUGACUAAGGGUUUGGAUAUAUUAGCUCUUUUUGUUUUAAAAAUAUUUAAAACACUAAAACCUUAAAAUAGUAAAGCUACUUUUCAGACCACUGAGCCAGUAUCCUGGUAUUAAAAGAACGUUUGGGUGCUCACAGUAAAGGACAGAGUACUGAUAUCCCAGUUAUUUGGGAGCUUUAAGAUUGGAGCAAGAUACUCGUGUCUUGCUUCACUUAGAUCCUUCCCACCCAGGAAAGCCUGUGAACAGAGGGAAGCCUUCCUGUAAACCUCUAUGAUGUUUAUCAGUGCUGUUGUGCAUAUUUGUAGUAUGCAUAUAUUCAGCAUGUGUUGCAUGUCUUUCAGAAUUACGUAAGUAAAAUCUUUUGCUUGCAACUUGCAAGUAAGAAACGAUUCUGUUUCUCUGGUGGAAGAACUAUUUCUUGUACUCGCCAUAUAUCCUGUCCUUGCCCUGCCAGCCCCUCCCUCUACCCCAGGCCCCAGGCUUAAUUGGAUGUGUCAGACACAUCUGUAGGGAGCAUCAGCAUGGCCACAAGCAGCAGUGAUGUUCAUACAUCAUAUCCCUGCCCGUUUCAAUUAUAUUUUUACAUGAAUAAAUCUUAAGUAUAUACAGAAGGAUUCAUGCAAGAGCCUAGUGUGUACAUGUGAAAUACAUUUCUAUACAAAGUGAGAAAACUUGACUGUUAUCCAGGGGGACAAAAGGUCAUAUAAAAUGCACAUUCUAACAGCCCUGCAAGACAACUGCAAUCAUACCAAAACAGAACAGAGAGUAAAAACACCACCAUUUGAGUAAAUGUUUUUAAAGUAAUUUUUUGAGAAGAGUUUAUAUUUCAGAAGCAGAAAUGUCUGCACAGCGGAGAGGAGGGCCGUGGUGUGGCUGCAGGUAACCUGCUGAGUGACUUGGUCCAGCUGUGCAGAGUGUUUAACCCGAGGCCAAAUGCGGUGGGCCACAUGUACUAAUGAUGUUGUAUGCCGUGCAUUUAUUGCACGUGUGAAGAGCAGAUACACGAAGAAGCUUUAUGUCCUCUGAUGAUAAGUUUCUGAAUGCUUUUAAGUCAGUGGUGCCUUUAGGCAAGGACCUUCAAAAUUAAUCAUUCUUUUGGGUUUUCUGAUUUUUUUUUCCAGGUAAUGUGUAACUAAUUAGAAACCAUCACAGCUUAUUCACCUAAAAUUUGAUUGAUUGUAUAACUUAAACAUAGCACUCAGAUGACUAUUUCUUAUCAUUAGGGUAUUCCAUGUAGUUGCUGGAAACAAUUGUGCCAUUGACCAAUGGAUGCACUUCGUUAGCCUUAAUUUAAAACAAACAAACAAAAAUUCUUGAAUAUUUCAGUUUGAUCACUAUGAGUUUGUACUGCAGAUAUUUGGGGGGAAAUAAAUCAGUUAAAUGUGACCUGAAAGUGUACCAAUUUUUUAAAAAUUAAGAACAACAUAAAUUUCACAAUCUAAAGUUUUAAUUUUGUGCAAUAUUUUCAUUUAAUGCAUGUUUAUUUGAGUAAUUGUAAAAUAAGUACAUUUUUAAUGUUUUGAAAUAUAGUUGUGUCUUCUUAAUCCAACAACUUGAUUUGUUGUUGCUGCACCUUAAUUAAGGACUUGUUUUAAAAGUCUUUGUCACUCGUGUCAGAUUCUUUAUUAAUAAAAUGUUGCUUAUGGGAGCAUGGCUCCUGUAUGAUAAGGGAGAAAUACAGAGCACACUUUAGGGUUUUAACUGUUAGAAAAUUACCUGUGCAUAUCACUGUACAUAAGUGUCAAUUGUGCCUAACUGCUCUAUCACUGCUCUCCUUCCUUAACAAAGGGGAAAUCAUCAGAAUGUCAGUUAUUUUUAUUAACUACAAAGAUUAAAAUUUUGAUUUGGUUUGUGUUAUGUUCUGUCCAUUAGAAAAUACUAAUAAAGUAUUAACAAACACUUUCA